UUGCAGAUUUGAUUAAAAAUCCAUAAUUUUAGCAAUCGUAGCAUGGAGGAAAGUCGUUGUUUCGGAUAGGUCGGCACUAUCAACAAUGAAAUGCUGCUAGAUGACCUUAAGGUUUCUUUAGCCAUGUCAAAGACCUAUGCUAAAGUUCAUACAACUACUAUACUAAAGGAUGCCAUUGUGCUUAUGCAUGACAAACAACAAACUUGUGUUCUUAUCAUUGAUCACGAAGACUUUCUUGAGGGUAUUCUUACACUUGGCGACAUUCGGAGGAAAGGGUUUGAAACAAGUGGAGAGCUUCCUGCCACACCCAGGCUUGUCAGGGGCUAAGAAGGCAGUGUGCCA